CGGGCACUGCACCCCGGGACGAGAACAACAGAACAAGAGGAGUGAUGGAUGAAAAUGUUCCGACACACGUGACCCGAGUUAUCAUCACUACCACUAUCUCCUCUCAGACGACAUCAUGGCUGGCUGCAGGAGUUACCUUCGAGGCCUCUCCAUCUGUGUCACGGUGCUGCUGCUGGUGUCUGGAGUGGUGAUGAUCGGCGUCGGCUUCUCCUCCAUCGAUGGCACGCCGGUUGCCGAGUUGUUUGAUCAGUUGUCCAGUGGUGACGGCUUACUGGCCCUGCAGGUGUUCGGUCCCAUCACGGUGGUUCUGUCUGUUCUGGGUGUCUGUGCUGCAGCUCUGGACCUCAAACCUCUGCUGCUGCUGUUCUCCGCGCUGAUCUUCGUGGAGUUCGUGGCUCUGAUGGUGGUCGCCGCCCCGCUGGUUCAGGUCCAGGCUCAGAUGGACGGCGCCGUGAACGAGGUGUUCCUGAACGUGACGCCGCUCCACAGAGCGGAGCUCUACAUCCAGACGGAGCUGAACAAGCUGCAGGCCUCUGACUCGUGCUGCGGCCUGAGGGGUUUUGAGGACUGGGAGACUCAACUUCCUGUCACCUGUCGGUGCUCGCCCGCCGCCGCCGCCCCCCUGCAGCCCAACUCUCGGCUCGGUGACGUCGGCUCUGAGGGGCCGUGUGUGACGGUGGGCGGUGACCUUUACCCUCCGACCUCAGAGGUCACUGAGACACUCUGGGUUCACUCCGAGCCCUGUGGCCCCAUCCUGAAGAGCUACCUGAGCUUCCCCAUCAAGAUCAGGAUCGGAAUAAUUUCAGCCUUCGCCACCAUCGCGAUGGCGGCCAUCGCUCUGUGUCUGGCGUUGGGUCUGGAGGAACACUGGAAGACGCCGCCGGUAGAAACCAUCGUCGAUGACUUCGACAGAGUGAAAUACCAACCGAAGCCCUCCCUCACCUGACCUCUGACCUCUGACCUUUCAGGCCACUAACCCCAAAAACCAAAGAUCAAUUCAAAAACACUGGUGAUGACCAGAAGAGGUCAAUAAAAAAAAGAGAUUUAUUUUCCAAACAGCUUAUUUAUAUUUGACCGGAUGUCAGUUUUAAAGAAGAACGAUGAAUCCAGAUAAAGAGGCAACAGCAACGUUUGUCUCCUCUUUGAAAAGUGCCUUAUCAAUAAAGUUUAUUUUAUCAGUGA